CUUAUUCAUGUUGUCUCUCCCAGUUUUGGUUUGGGAAUAUUUUAGUGCAGAGAAGACCACAGAAUUUGUGAUCUUCCACUAUUGUGAGUACUUUCACAGUCCAUGGGAAGAAUCAUAUGAACAUCAAGUUGGUGUUCUUUUUGCAUCAACCACAACGCAUCAUCGCUGACUACAAAUACUGAAAGCAAUGACUUAGAACUAACUCGCAACGGUUCAAUUUGGUAGAACGUGUGUGUGGAUUAAGUGCGCCUUGUCGCGCGCAGGAGAUGGAGGAGCACACCUUCGUGUCCAAAGCGAGGAACGCCUUUCAUUCUGCGGCGGCAAAAGCGGAGCGCGUGCUCAUGGAUUUCAAAUCCGAUCGAGAAGAUCACGAUAGGAACUCGUCGCAGGAAGCGGAUUCUCCCAACAGCAACAUCGAAAACGAGUCCAAGGAGGUUCGCAGUGAUUUGAAGCAUAUAAAGUGGAGGCCUCCGCAUAUUGGAAUAAAGCAGGAUUGGCAAGAUAGGAUAAAGAACAUCGGGAGAGGGAGAAAAGAAGUUGAAGAUACUGAUAAAGUUGGGGAUGCGAACAUGGCAGUUCCAUUUUAUGAUGAUAAUUUAUACACCCUGAAUGUGAAGAAAGAUCAAGAUGCUAAGGCUUCAGAAUUAUUUCCUUCAGUUGAAAGCCUAACUGCUGCAACUAAAGAUCCUAUUCCUCCGUCAUCUGUACUCAAGCAAUUGGCUGUAGCUGUUGAGGCUGGAAGUAAAGUGAAGUCAGUGAAAGAAUUUAUAGGUUCAUCAGGAGGUUCUUCACUUGCAAAUGACAGGGCAGCCUUGAGUCUCUCUGCUGUUAAGGCGUUAGUGCUACGUGAAAAGGAGGAUGGACACACUCAGGAGUUUAUUAGCAAUGAGAAAGUUGUGCAGUUAAUCAGUUCUUUGUUUGAUCCAGAGGGAGAUUUCCUUACGAGAAAGAUCAACUCUAAUACAGAGGAAACUGCCAUGACGUCUUUGCCAAGAGAUAUUCAUGGUGCUCCUCCUGAAAGUCUUGUUGUUAAGCUAGCUGAAAUCCUUGGAAACUACAGGACUGUCCGUAAAAUGGCUCUUUUCUGGUGCUGUGUUGUUGCUGAAGUAAGAAAACUUUGGUCUGAGGGGCAACACUUACCAGGAGUCCCCAAGAACGAGAUUCCUGAUUUGAAUUCAUGUCUUGUAUAUCAACAUUUUCAAUUAAUUAAUUGCUGCAUUUCUCGGAAAAGGUUUCGUGUUGUUGCCACUGAAUCUCUAGACUCUAUGAUGAAGCAAGCUAGCUCAGACACAAAAGAAUCAUCUGAUUAUAAUGCUGGAGCUCCUGCAAGCCCUGUUCUAUAUGCUAGAUUAAACAGUGGGGAGCUUGUUCUACGACUUGGUGCAGAUCGUCUUGCUGGAGAUAUGACAUUGUUGGAAACUGGCGAGCCUGUGUAUUCUCCAGUCACCCAGGAAGGGCCUUUGCUUACUGAGGAUCUAAUCAGGGAAACAGAGGAGUUUGUGCUGCGGACUGGGAGUGUUGGAGCUGGGUGCUCUCAAUUGCUCUCAGAUAUGCAAGCUUUCAAGGCUGCAAAUCCUGGAUGUAUUUUAGAGGAUUUUGUAAGAUGGCACUCUCCUCCUGAUUGGACAGACAAUGAGGCAAGUGCAGAGGAUAGUGAUGUUUUUGAUAGUGCAGAGUCAUUGUCUGCCAAAGGUCAGCUAAGUCGGCGAAUGCAAAAAGAAGGUAAUUUGUGGCGUGAAUUGUGGGAAACAUCAAAACCAGUACCAGCUGUUAAGCAGGCACCCCUGUUUGAUGAGGAUUUGGCAGUGGAGGGCAUCCUCAAUGCUUUUGAGGACAUCGAUCUUUCUGAUCUUUUUCUACAGCUGUUUGUUUCUUUGCUUGGUUUAGGAUUUGCAAUUGCUGAACCUAUGCUGUCUAGUAAUGGUGACUUCUCGAAGUUAUUCUAUGACUGCAAGGAGUACAUAAUUGCCGCUUGUCAAAGCACCAGAUUAAAUGAGAAAGUUGAUGAUCUUUUCCAGGCAUAUGAAACAGUGGAGAGAAUGUUAUUAAAUCCUGAAGAAGCACUAAAGAUGAUUAAGCAGACAGACGAAUCAACUAUGGUUAGUGAUGAACCAAAGAGCCCGUUGAAGAAGCUUAAACUUAUCUUUGCCGGCAAAGAUAAACUGAGGAAGUCUCUCUCAAAGGAUCAGUUAAAUGAGGAAGAAAAGCCUGGUCGGCAAUCAUUCUCAAGUUUCUUUGAUAGCAAGGCAUCUUUGUUUUCAAAGAAGCAUCCAAAGUCUGGAUCCCCAUCUCCUUCUGAGAAAUCUCCUCUCGAUAUUGGUUGGUCGGUUGUAUAGACAAAUUUCCUCUUCACUGUUUAUUGAGGAUACCCGAAAUCUUUUGGGUUCCCCCUCCCCUGCAGAUAACUGUAAAUUUUCUUUAUUCUUUUUCCAAAUACAUGGCUGUUUAUUCUUCAUUCUUUUUAAUUAAGGGAAUUGAAGAUAAGUCUUUUUGGCUUCAGUAAAUAUAAUUUUAUUUAGUGUA